CCUCUUGUUUUAAUUUAUCUUUGAAAUAUGGCGCAUGCGUUGUUUACUUUGCGGAAGUGCAAUGUGUGGCUUGAUGUUAGUCAAAUGCAAUUAGAGUGGAAUUGGUUGUCCUGCUUGCCUGUCUGUUGUUGUAUUAAUGAAUGACAUUCAGUUUAAGUUUUGUCAAUAGUGCUGUAGAGACAUGGUAGGAUAUGACCCCAGGGCUCAGAAUGCAGCACCCUCCCCAAAUGAGGCAGCCCUUGCUGGAUCAGCUGCUGGGAUGGUCAGCAGAGCCCUCAUCAGCCCUUUUGAUGUCAUUAAAAUAAGAUUUCAGCUGCAGAUUGAGCGUGUGUCUUCACGAAGCCCUGAGGGGAAAUAUAGGGGAAUAUAUCAGGCAUUCAGAAGAAUUUACUCUGAGGAAGGUCUCUCUGCUUUCUGGAAAGGUCAUAUUCCAGCACAGCUCCUGUCUAUUUGCUACGGGGCCGUCCAGUUUGUCAGUUUUGAGUUUCUGACUGAGUUGGUUCACAAGUCAACCCCUUAUGACAGCCAGACUUCAGGAGUUCAUUUUUUCUGUGGCGGCCUAGCAGCCUGUUCUGCUACCGUGGCCUGCCAGCCUCUGGAUACGCUGAGGACGCGCUUUGCAGCUCAGGGAGAACCCAAGGUUUACGGUAACUUGCGGUAUGCCGUGUCCACGAUGUGGCGCACUGAGGGGCCACUGACGUUUUAUCGUGGCCUGUCUCCAACUCUGCUGGCAGUGUUUCCUUAUGCUGGACUGCAGUUCUUCUUCUACAAUGUCUUUAAGCAGCUGUUGAGUCCUCCAGUUAAAUCCAGAGACUCAGGAGGAAACCUGAGAAGCCUGGUCUGUGGCAGUGGAGCUGGAAUGAUCAGUAAAACCCUCACAUACCCCUUUGAUUUGUUCAAAAAAAGGCUGCAGGUGGGGGGCUUUGAGAAAGCCCGAGCUCACUUUGGAGAGGUGCGGACCUACAGAGGCCUGAUGGACUGCGCGGUUCAAAUAGCCAAAGAGGAAGGUAUCCGAGGGUUCUUCAAAGGCCUCUCUCCCAGCCUCCUGAAGGCGGCUCUGUCCACAGGCUUCACUUUUUUCUGGUAUGAGUUCUUCCUCAACAUCAUGAAGAACACAAAGGAGAAACAGAGAACUGAUGACCUCAGUGGUGGCCGAAAGGAGAGAUGAUGAAAUAAAAAAAAAAAUAAAGAAAAUGAGGCAAUCACGCACACUAUAAAUGCACUAAUGCCUUGUUGCACUGAACACAUUUCUCAACUGGCAAACAGACUCUGGAUUUGGAUUUUUAUGGUGUUUACAUAUGUUAAAAGGGGAAAGUUAGUCAUGUAUAUCAUUGUAUUUCUGUAUCAUUUGCUUUUUUGUGCAACCUUUAUGUUUAUGUUAUGUCUGAGAUGACACACUCACAGAAACUUUUCCCCCAAAUUUUAAGAUUUAUGUAAUGUUUUUACAUAACAAACUCCUAAUUUACUUUUUUUUUUCUUUUAGAUCUUUUUAAUACAAACCUAUUAUAUAAACAUUACAUGAUCAAAACUAAUACUAAAGAGUUUAUUUCAAAUGCAUAAAGUUUGUUUGUUUUAAUUGUAUAAUAGUAAGGUUACCUUUAUGGAAUUGAAACAAUAAACUUUAUGUAUUUGAAUUAAAAACACUCAGUAUAAAUUCUGAGUAAGUUUAUCAUUAUUAAAUACAUGUAAAAUAAUUAAGCUUUAUUAUUCAAAAAUAGUGAUUAUGUAAGGUUUAGAUAGUUUGUUAAAAAUCAACUAAAAGAAUUAAAUGGGAAUUUAUGUAAUUUACAUAAAUAUUAAAAUUUGGGUGAUUUAUUUCUCUCAGUGCAGAAUGGCUGCAACCGCUUUACUGGGUCAACUAUUGAAAGCAAGCAGAGUCGGUCAUAAAGGGGCCAUGUCUUUACUAUGAUCACUUUACCUUAAAAUUCAAUUAGUAAUCAAAAUCUGGGUCUUGUUACGUGUUUAGAACAGGGAUUGGUAUUUAGACAGAGUAAUUCAGACUGGAGAUAGAUGGCUAGAGUGGGAGAAUGAACAAUAUUCAUGCAGAGUCAAUCUAUCAAACAAUGAGCACAGGAACUAGAAUCCCUGUUAGAUAUAUCCGCCUGUAUCUUCAGCUACUGAUGAGACUGGUGCCACACUGUUUGGUACUCGCUCUUAUAGAGGUUACUUCUGUCUUCUGUUUGGGUCAUAUGCUCCUGCGCUGCCACCACCUCCUAAAAUUUGUCAGAGUGGCAACAGUGGGUCAGCUUCAGCACCCCUCCCCUGUUCUGUGUCGCCAAAUCUCCACUGUGUAUUGAAAGUACAUGAACACAGAGUAAAAGGGAAAUAUCAACGUCUUUUAGGAACUUAAAGGUUUACAUGUGAUGUCCUCAUUAGACUUCAUGAAAUGUUGCACAUUUUCUGUUCAGCUUUGCUCCUGUUACCUUACAGUUUUUUGGGGGAAAUCAUUUGAUGUCCUAGAGUUGCAUGCAGAAUAACACCUCCAUUAAAAUACUUGAUAUUUAUUUUUAUAUAAACUGUAUCUAACAAGGAAAAACCCGAAUGUAUUGUUGACUUUUGUAAGUCUGAAUCAUUUCAGUUUGUCUGGAAUUAAACCAUCGGACCAGCUGCUCACAUCUCAUGAUUUUUCCUUUGCUGUGACUUGCAGGAUUUUAUCUCUUUGGAAAUAAAAUAAAAAAAGAACAGUGUUUAAAAA